AUGGUAGAGUAUCUAGGGGCUGAUCCGGGGGAGGCGAUGGAUGAGCUGGAUAAGAUCAGGGGUGCUCAUGUUAUAUUUGUAUACUUGAAGAAGGUAUAUAAGAAUGCACUAAUGAGUGCACAACAGACUGAAAGUGAUGAUGAGCAGGGUUGGAUCCUCCAGCAUUUCACACACAUCUCUGGUUGGGCGAGUGUACCUAAUUACACUGAGGAUAUGUCACAUGCUACUGCUUUUAUCCGGCUCAAAGGGAACCAAGCGACCGAGCCUUAUAGAAUCUAUCUUAACUGUUUAGUUGCCGGGGACAUGGAUUUCAACAACUAUGUUGAUCACCGCGAGACGCGGCCAUUUGACGAGAUAAUGUUAUACUCUGAAUGGUUGGCAUGCAGAUUGCGUCUCAUUGCUCCUCAUCUGCCCGAGCGCGUCAUACGGCAGUUCAGCUACACUCAGACCAUUUCCAGACACCGUGUUGUCUUUGCUCCUCCUGCCUUGAUACAUAUACAAAUAGAGGACAUGUUUGAUGAUUAUGAGAGACACAUGUUACCAUAG